AUGGCUGCUUUCAUGACGCAUGCUCUCAAUCUCUCCCACGAUCGCUCGUCCUCUUCCCACAAUCCGCACGAGCUAACCGAGAUCGAUCCUGACCGUCUGGUGAUCACGUCUGGAGUCACUGCAGCCGUUGGAUUGCUGGCCCAUGUGCUGGCCGACGCAGGCGAUUCGUUCAUCGUUCCAACUCCUUUCUAUCCGGGUUUCACAGUGGAUCUUGAGCGACAGGCUGGCGUGACCAUUAUCCCUGCUGCCACCUAUAGCAACACUGGAUUCGAUAUUAGCACAUCCUCCUUAGAAGCUGCUCUCAGGGAGUCUCAGUGGGAGGGAGGUGAUGAGGAGCCGAGGAUGGAGGGACGAGGGUGGGAGGAGGAUGAGAGGGCAGAGGGGAGGAAGGAGAGGGGAGGGAGGAAGGCGAGGGGAGGGAGCAAGGAAAGGAGGAGAGCGCAGGUUCGUGGUGUGCUGCUGUCAUCACCUUCCAACCCUCUGGGCCGUACCUUUUCCGAUGCUACUCUUCUCAGAGUUCUGCAGUUUUGCAGGACAUGGGUGUUCCUGGGUUUCGUAUUGGUGCUUGCUACUCCCUCAACCCCACCGUCCAAUCAGCUGUCACCAAACUCGCCCGCUUCUGCUCCCCAUCUCGCCACACUCAAGCACUCCUUGCACCUUUAUUGA